ACGCUGCGCAUUUUCGGAAUCAGCGUUCAAAUUCCCAUCGAACCGCGUCCCCCGUACCUGCCGCUCGCCGUGCCCGAGGACUUGGCACCGCGUCUGAAGCGCCUCCAUGGUGACCCUAUUGUCUGGUGGGUUGGCCAGUUCCUUAAAUAUCUGCUCCGUCCGCAGACAACGACACGGGACUUUCUUACCGCCGGUAUGCGAAACUUGGGCUGGGAGAGGCCCAUUGUCGGCGUCCAUGUGCGUCGAACGGACAAGGUGGGCACGGAGGCAGCCUGCAACAGCGUGGAGGAGUAUAUGACCCGUGUGGAGGACUACUACCGCACACUGGAGGUGAACGGAACGAGCGUUGUACGUCGCAUCUUUCUCGCCUCGGACGAUGCCCUGGUGAUUGAGGAGGCGCGCCGAAAAUAUCCAGAGUAUCAGAUCAUCGGUGAUCCGGAGGUGGCACGCAUGGCAUCAGUUUCCACGCGCUAUACGGACACAGCGCUGAACGGCAUCAUUCUGGACAUACACCUGCUCUCGAUGUCCGACCACUUGGUGUGUACCUUCUCGUCCCAGGUGUGCCGUGUCGCCUACGAGAUUAUGCAAACGAUGUACCCAGAUGCGGCACACCGGUUCAAGUCGCUGGACGACAUUUACUACUACGGAGGUCAGAACGCGCACAAUCGCCGUGUCGUUAUCGCGCACAAGCCCCGUUCGCACGAGGAUCUGCAGCUGCGCGUCGGCGAUCUUGUGUCCGUGGCUGGUAAUCAUUGGGAUGGUAACUCCAAAGGAAAGAACACGCGCACCAAUCAAGGCGGCCUAUUCCCAUCCUUCAAAGUGGAGGAGAAAGUGGACACCGCCAAGCUACCGCUCUAUCCGGGCGUUUAGUUGGAUAUAUAUAUAUAUAUAUAUUUAUAUAAAAUGACAAAGAACCCAGUUGGUCGGUUAGUCCGCCAUGUUGUUGAUUGAAUCUGUGAAUCUAUUGAAUCUCUUUAGCCGCAUUCCACCCGGUAUCCUACGCCGCCCGGUGCACUUCGGUUCAGCAUUUCCAGAAUCUCAACCAGAUAUCUCUAGCUCUAUGUCUCGAAUAAUAAUUCGUAUGUUCUGUUCAUCUGUGCUUCUUCGUGUUCGUCUAGAUUUUUAUGCCCUGGAUCUGAUUCGGAUUCUGAUACUGAUUCUGAUUCUGCAUUUGUACAAGUCUUUUUAUUAUUUAUAAGUCGAAAGCCGAAGAAAUUAUGUUGACAAGAAUAUACAUUUAAAACAAAGAAACAAAGUAUAUAUAUAAAGAAAUUAUAUAUAGGAGUGCAUGUAGGUUCACUAAGCGCAAUAUAGUCUAUCACCUGUAAAAUAGUUGAAAAAGAUAAGAGAACGUAAAAAAACAAAAUCUGAUUACUUCAAUAGCAAAAGGAAUAAAUAGAAAUGUUUUAAAAAGAA